CCUACCCACUCUCUCCUCUUUGUUUUGUCCGCUUCUUCUCUCUCUCUCUCCCGCAGAAACAUGUCGCCUCCUCUCUCUCCAUCCAACAAAAAGAAGGGAAGAAAGAGGAAGGGAGAAAGGAGGAAGAAAGAAAGCGAUCCGUUCUAGUCCUCCUAACGCAUGGCAAUGCAGCAGCGGCGCGUGCAUUGCAUUCUCGGAUUCCCUCAACAACUACUGUCGUUAUUACUAUUAUUACACUCUUUGUUCGUUUCCCAUUGUGUUGCUGAUGGGUUGACGUCCGAGACGGCCUCGCCGGAGGCCGACGCGCAGGCGCUUCUUGCGUUCAAGGCUGCUGCCGACCCGCGCGACCGCCUGACGUUCUCCCCCACGUCCGACCACUGUCGUUGGCCCGGCGUCUCCUGCUCCGCCGACGGCAAGGUCUACCGCCUCCUCCUCGAGUCCGCCGGCCUCACCGGCACGUUCCCCAACGGCACCCUCGGCCGCCUCGACCAACUCCACUUCCUCAGCCUCCAGGACAAUGCCCUCGUUGGUCCUCUGCCGGGUGACCUUUCCGGCCUCCGCAGCCUCAAGGCACUCUUCUUGGACCGCAACCUCUUCGCCGGCCCCUUCCCGGCCUCCCUCCUCUCUCUCCGCGGCCUCCGGGCUCUCGACCUCUCCCACAACCGGCUCUCCGGCCCCAUCCCCGCGGCGCUCGCCACCCUGGACGGCCUCAUCGCCCUCCGCCUCGAAGGGAACCGAUUCGUCGGCUCCCUCCCCGCCUUCAACCAGUCCUCCCUCAAGAGUUUCAAUGUCUCCGGCAACUUCCUCUCCGGCGCGGUGCCCAUCACCGUCGUGCUCGCCUCGUUCGACCCCUCAGCCUUUGCCGACAAUCCCGGGCUCUGCGGCGCGCUUGCCCGAAAGGAAUGCGCCUCGUCCGCCUCCUUCUUCCCCGGAGGAGGCCGCUCGCCAGCCGCAUCCGCCGCCGCCCCCUCGCCCAUCGCCACGGCAGCGCCUCGCGGGGCGACGCUUCUUUCCAGCUCGGCUUCGCGGUCGCGGGUCUCUCACAAAAGUGCUGUGACGGCGAUUGGGUUCUUGAUAGGUGCAAUUGCACUGGUAGGGAUCUUCACGACUUCAUUUGUCAUCAGAAAGAAGAGGACGAAGCAGCAGGGGGAGAUACUCACGCUGGAGAAGAACACUAUGGAUAGCGCCACCAGUGUCUCAGAGAUAAAUGUGGAGAGCUACAACGAGGAGAUCGAGAGCAUGAGCAACGAGCUGGAGGCGGCGGCCGCAUUAGCAAUGGCGAUCUCAGAGGAAAGAGUGAAGAGGCUGAGCAUGAAUGGCUGCUUAGUGUUCUGCGCCGGAGAGGCUCCAAUCUAUAAUUUGGAGCAUCUGAUGAGGGCCUCUGCCGAAAUGUUGGGGAGAGGGAGCCUCGGAUCAACGUACAAGGCCGUGCUAGAUAGCAGAAUGGCUGUCACUGUGAAAAGGCUGGAUAAAAAGAAGCUGGGAUCCAUGGCAAAGGAGGGUUUCGAGCGGCAAAUGGACAUGGUCGGGCGGCUCCGGCAUCCCAAUUUGGUGCCUUUACGGGCCUAUUUCCGAUCGAAUGAUGAGAGGCUGCUUGUUUAUGAUUUCCAGCCUAAUGGUAGUCUUUACUCCCUUAUACAUGGUUCAAGAUCCACACGGGCCAAACCCCUUCACUGGACUUCAUGUUUAAAGAUAGCAGAUGAUGUGGUUCAGGGCCUUGCACACAUCCAUCAAUCUUCUUGUUUGAUCCAUGGCAACAUAAAAUCUUCCAAUAUUCUCCUAGGAUCUGAUUUUGAGGCUUGCCUGACUGACAGCUGUCUCUCAUUUCUCUUGGAGCCAUCAGACAAUCAGAAUGACUCGGGAUAUCGAGCACCUGAAGCUCGGAAUUCCCUUCAAGAGCUGACCCCAAGUUCUGACAUCUAUGCUUUUGGAGUGCUGCUGUUGGAGCUCCUCACGGGGAAACCCCCAUUGCAGCAUCCAGUCCUCAUACCACCCGAUCUCCCAGUUUGGGUUCGAUCAGUAAGGGAAGAUGGAGCCUGUGACGAACGCCUUAUGAUGAUAAUCGACAUUGCAGCAGCCUGCAUUCACUCUUCACCAGAAUGUAGGCCAACCACAUGGCAGGUUCUCAAGAUGAUACAGGAAGUGAAGGAGACUGACACAGGAGACAAUGACACUGAUUCAACCUUCAUAUCUUAGUUGUGGCUAUUCCUUAUAGACCUUCAUAUGGAAUCUACAUCUUGUGCUGCCCAAAGGUAAAAGUUGCCCAUUGUUGGUACCUUUAAAUGUAAUAUCAGCCCUCAGCAUAAGAGGAUAUGCCAAAGGUUGUAUAAAGUUAAUUUCUCAGGAGCCAGCUUCCAUGUUGGGGGAGAACCUUGAAACUGGUUAUUGUAGAUACAGCUUGAGAGACGAAGCUUGUAAGCGACGCAACGACAAUUUACCUUGUACUUCUGCUACAUAUAAGCCAAACUUUUGGAUUGAGGCUCCAGUAAAUGUCAAACAGGUAAGCAGUCUUGUAUCGGUGGUCAGUUUGGUGAUUGUAAUUUGCGAUCUUUCAAAAUUCUUUUGGUGAUGAUUAUUGCAUGGUGUUGUGAUGAAAAAAAAAGAAAACUUAUCGAUGCCUUCCAUAAUGUUGAAAUGCUUGUUUCUGGUCAUUGUUCUGUUUUUAGUUUGAAGUGUCAUCUUAAAGUGAAAACAGAAAAGAUAAAUAUUGUCGCCUAAUGGGCCUUUUCUUGAA